AAAUCUUAAUAUCUGGAGAGGUUUCCCAAUAUCCGAAGCACAACGGAGGAGUCAUGAUCGGAUGGGUGGAGAUGCCACUAUCAGUGUACGUGGAAGUUUGGUAUGUGUGACGUCAGCUUUACGUAGAGAACCAGCUGAUCCUCUGAGGCGCCCGCGGGAAGCAGAAAGUUCUCCAGAACCCGUGGAGCUGAAGUUCCUGCAGGUCGGAUCCAGAGAGAAGAGAACCGACUUCUGCUCAAGAAGUUCUGCUCAGUGUUGGGUUGGAACCAUGCAGACAGAAAGGAACAGGAGAGGAUUUAAGCAGCAUUUUAUUGAACGGCAGCACUUGAAGCUCAAAGAUCUAGAAACAGAAGCUCUAGAUGCAGGUGUGGAAAACAAAUAUCUGAACAAAAGAAACAUCCCAGAAUAUCCUAAACCAGAGUUCCACGUGAGUUUUCUGAAACAUGAAACUACAGGAUCAGCGCUAGGUGGGAUCAGGAACGAUGGGGGCUUCAGGAAUCCAUAUGGAGAAUCCCUGAUAUGGUGGAGUCUGGCUGUGGGACCAGACCAGAUGAAGGACGCAGAGACGAGGCUCCUGGAGAAGACGUUCCCAGACCGGAUGGAGGGCGAAGAUCCUGAGCAGCAGAGCUUCCUGUGGAGGUUUGCCACGUCUCCAGCCUUCAAGGAGACGUCCCGGCUGGGCCCAUACCGCUUCACCUUCCCCCUGCAGGAGGUGCUGACCGCCUACAGAGACCAGUUCUGCUCUGGCGCCCGACCCAUCAUGCGGAUGUACAGAACCGUGCUGUACUCACAGGAAGUGAUGCACGUGGUUCUGAUCCACAGUCCAGCCAAUGAGAGGGAGUUCUCCCAGUAUCCCCCCAUGAGCGACGCCCCGGACGCCGUGUGUGUUUACAGAGAUGGACGUUUCCUGUGGAGACCAGAGGCCAUGUGUGAGACUCACUGGUACAAGCUGAUCUACCGGCAGAGAACCAAUCAGCUGGAAGCCUGGAGCGCCUCCCCACCUCAGUUCUAUGUUUGGGAUCACGUCGCUGUCGCCCUCCAUGUGGGUCAGAACCAGGUGUUGAAGUUUACUGCUGAUCAACUGAGAGCCAGGCUGGGGUUCUGCCAGCUGGAUGCAGUGAACUAUAGUGCAACCAGUGAAAACCCGGAGGAUUUUGAAGACGCUAAAGCGGCAGUGAGGAGGCUGUGGCCGGGCUGGAGCGGCCCUCUGCAGGUGGAGCGCUCCCUGAAGCAGAGCUUAACAGUUUCAGACAUAAAGCUGGUUCUGGUUGGGGGGGCUGGAGUUGGGAAGAGCUCCAGUGGGAACACCAUCCUGGGAAGAAACGUCUUCGGGACCAGGAGGGCUGCAGCCAGUCCGCCUUCAGGAAGAAGCAGCUGCUGUCUGCAGAGAGGCAACGUCUUCAGCAGGGAAGUGACCGUCAUCGACACUCCAGCUCUCCCAGAAACAUCCGACCCUGAGGUGAGGAAGGAGAUCUUCAGGUGCAUCAACCGGUCGGCGCCGGCGCCCCACGCCAUCCUGCUGGUCGUUAGACUGGGGUUCCUCACUACACAUGUAGAGGAAACAGUGAAGCAGCUGGAAAAGAUGUUUGGAGAAAAUGUCUGGAGACGCACCAUGAUCCUGUUCACCUACCAGAACCAGGCAGAACCAGACAUCCAGAGGCAUCUGGAGCAGUACAGAGCUGAUAUGUUUAAUGGAGUUGAGACACAUCAGGUCCUGAACAACAAACCCAACCACAUGGAUCCCCAGCAGGUCUGGGAUCUGCUGCACAAGGUCACCCAGCUGCUCAGUGACCUCAAGUAGACUUUGAAGCAUAAAGCCUUCAGAUCAGGUCAAAACCUCAGAUCGUUUUCAGGGUUUUAUCACCAGAGGAACAUCCGACAUUUGGUCGUUUUUAUUUCAGUAGAUUUCAUCCAAUCAUUGAUGCCAAAGCAUUGAUAAAACUGCAGGGAUACAGGAACGUCGCUACCAGGAAGGUGCUGACUGCCUCCAACUGGGAAGUUCUCGCUUCUAACAUGAGGCUCAUCCUUAUCUCAUCUUUGACCAUCAUCAUCCUGAAUGAACUCAAAGACAAACACUGGGUCAGUGCCUCUACAUGAGUCCAUAGUAUAACAUCCAUAGCUCUUACCAAUCAGAAAACAUAGUUAAUUACGGUCAUUUUUAUUUUACUGGACCUUCCCACAACUUAUGGACCUGAAUUUAACGAAUGUACUUCACUGUUGGCUCCCCUCCGUUAGUGACCAAAAACCCACAAUAGUCACUGAAAUAACUUGAAUCGGAUAAGUCCUGGUAAACAGUAAAAGGCCUGUACUUGCAAAGUGCUUUAUGAAGUCCAGAGAACCCAAAAGCACUUCUCUACCUUCAGGCCCAGUCCCAGUACUCGCCCUGCACCCUACGUCCUCUAUGAAGUGUGGACUCAGUCAAAGGGAACUUCAGGGUUCGACUGCACAGGUUACAAGUGUGCAAAAAUUAGAAAACAGUGUUGUAACUUCAACAUCCAAACAGCCACCACUGUUUUGGCAUUUGUGCUGCUAAAAAGUACAACAACAAAAGAAAUCUAUUUUAAAUGUAGAGUAAAAGUAUUUCUGGUUUACAAAAUCAUUGCAGGAAAAAUUGGGCUGUUCAAAUGUGUUUGAUGUGACUUGUUGAAUAAUGCAGAUCAAAAUUUGAUCGUAUUCACAUGUUCAGUGAAAAAACUUUUUUCAAAACUUUACAAUUGAAAACUGAUUUUUAUCGCAGCGGACGCAGCUUGCUCUGUGAACACUGCCAUACUUCCAAUGGCAACUUUUUAAUCGUCUGCUGAAAAAUAGACUUUAAGAUGUACCUACAGUCAAUUUAAGUCUCAAAGCCAAUUCCUCCUCCUGCUAUGAUUCAGCUAAGUAAAGGACUGAUUACACAUUCAACUGUUACUCAAAAGAACAAUCUCUGACUAUUAAUGCUUGUGAGUUUAUAGACAAAAAAUUUAUACAUUCAUAAGGAACACUGACGUCAAAUUUCUUCCCCAGCAACCUGAGAAGAAAACAUGUUUAAAAAUCAUGAUGAUCUAUCAAAAGAAGAUGAGAGACAAGCUAAAAACUGUAUCGGAAAUGAACCAAUGAAAAUCAG